ACGGUUUAGUUGAAAGCUCGCGCGCAAUUUCUCAACCAAAGUUUCUUUCAUUCUCAUUUGAAAGUUAUGUCCACAGAUCUGUCAGUUGUGGGCGUGCCGUUGCGUGUGGGCGUUAAAUAUGCGCCACGUUUGAGCAUGCGAAGGAUCUACAAUAAGAAAUACUUUCGUGACGAACGCUACCGUCACGAGGUGGCGAAUCAUUAUCGUGACCUUAAGAUGCAACAGACGUCGUUGCAAAUGAACCGUCAAAUGACGCAGGGACGUCGCAGGCGUCUGCGUUGCGUACGUUUGCGUCCGUUGGCACCCGAGGUGGCAACACUGGCGUCAUCCUAUGCCCAAUUUCGUGGCCAGUUGCCCAUCCAUGUGCACUACUUUCCAAGUUACGGGGAUACGUAUACGCCUCGUGGCCGGCAAACGUUGUGUUCGACGGCAGCAGCGGAUGAAACCUACAACGAUACAUUGCGACGGAUCAAAAGAGCUCAAAGCUGUGACCAAUUGAAGGCGCUCGUUGAACGCCACCUCGACUGACAGUGGGGCAAAAACAAUGGCCAAAGCAACAACAAGAGAAACAAUAAGAAUAACAACAUUAAGUGUAUACAACGUGACCCUGAAAGUGUGCGCAGCAGCAGCAGCAGCGGCGUCGACAGCGGCAGAAGCGUCUGCGGCAGCAACAAUUAUGAGCAGUAUGUUCUAGACAUUAAUACAUUAAAGCUGGAAAACCUACAACGGCAACAGCAACAAGAACAACAAGAGCAACGCAUCGAUCUAUAUACGUAUUUGCAACUUGCCAACGGCUACUACGAACGAGGGCUGCAUGCAAACGUUAAAUAUUUGCAAUCGAUUGGACAGCGUAAUGCAAUAAAGCAGCAGCAACAGCAACAGCAGCAACAACAGCAGCGGCAGCGACUGCAGCAGCGACGUUAUUCAUUGGAGGCCUGGCCGCAGCAGCAAAAAGUUGAGCAGCAGCAGCAGUCAACGCACAGGCUGCCCGGCAGAUUGAGCGCCAUAUUGAAAAGUUUGCGGCAACGACAGCGCUGCCAGACUGACAGCGGUGAGUGCAGCAAGGCUGCCAUACGUGUGCACAUAGCGCCUGUGCAGCAGCAGCGUGCAACAAUUGAUGCCAGUGCUAGUAGCAUGUGUGAUUCUGUCGAUAAUAAUAACAGCAGCAAAAACAAUAAUAUUAACAAUACUAUUAUUAAUAAGCAUAACAGCUGUAGCAGCAGUAACAGCGGCAGUGUUAACAUUGAACAAAUCGAUCAACAGCAGCGCAAGCUCUAUGCAAUUAUCGAUAACUUGAGCCAGUUGAGUUUGUGCGAUAACAACAGCAGCAGCGACAAACGUUUGCCGCUCAUUACGCUCACCGAUUAUACGCAACAGGUGGCGCUUUAUGGCGCCAAUUUUGAUAUGAUUGCCGUUGCCGCGGGCAGUUGUCAAAUGCAAAUACCCAACGAAGCCAGACCACCAACAUAAUAAUAAUAAUAAUAGUAAUAAUAAUAAUAAAAAAUAGUAGUACAAAUGUAAUGCUCGACAACAAGUGCAAUUAAUUGCCAACAACAACAACAAAAGCAAAGCGCAAGAACAGACAAAUAAACAUAAUAAAAGAGCAACGCAAAGCAAAAACAUUGAACAAAGCAAAUUGUGCGCGUCAACGGAAAUCGGUUUUUAUAUGCAAAA